AUGGCGGCACACGAGAGAUCGGACCAACCUGAUCGUAAUUCUCUCGAGGGUAAUUUUGUUAUAUUGCCAGACCAGAAUGACAUGCCAGGAAUCUUCCGAAUACCCUCCUGCAACAACCUGAACCUCCACGAAAUCUCCGUCGACGAGUUACAGCAUCACUAUGCGUCCGGUGCGCUGUCCGCCUCUGAAUACGUCAAUUUCUGUCUGGACAGAAUCGAAAAGAUCAACCCGUACCUCGAAUGCGUGAUCGAGACGAACCCCGAUGCCCUUGAACACGCCGCAGCCUUGGAUGAAGAGCGGAAGCAGCAGAGAGUACGAGGCCCGCUUCAUGGCAUUCCCGUGCUCAUCAAGGACAAUAUCGCCACGGCGGACAAAAUGCAAACAACGGCUGGCUCAUGGGCACUACUGGGAUGUAUUGUGCCCAAGGACGCACACAUCGUGCAUCUGCUACGAGAGAGCGGUGCGGUCAUCAUAGGCAAAACGAACUUGGACGAAUGGGCCGGCAUGAGAGGUAGCAUCUACGCAUUGGGCUAUUCAGCGCGCGGAGGUCAAACUCGGAAUCCGUACAUGUUGAACCGCUCUGCAAACGGCAGCAGCUCAGGCAGCGCAGUGAGCGUGUCAGCCAAUAUUGUGCCCCUCGCUUUUGGCACGGAGACCGACUGUAGUGUCAUCUCGCCGGGCAUGGUGUGCGGCGUGGCUGCGAUCAAGCCGACCGUCGGCCUCACAUCGCGCGGCGGCGUCAUUCCCAUCUCCGAGACCCAAGAUUCCGUUGGCCACUACGGUCGCUGCGUCGCCGACGUGGCUCGAGCCCUAGACGUUGUCGCCGGCCCAGAUCCGGAGGACAAGUUCAGCACUCAGCCCGGAAGACGUCAGCCCAAGAGUUACUACGACUGCCUCGCUGAUCGGCACGCACUCAAGGGAGCAAGGUUUGGGCUGCCCAUGAGAUGUUUCUGGGACGUUGCGCCUUUCCCCCAACGACUCGUUGCAGAGAAGGUGUUGGGCCUCUUGAAGCAGGCCGGUGCUGAAAUUGUGCCCGUCGACAUGCCGUGCGCGGAAGAGAGGAUGGGCAAAGACGGCAUAUGGGACUGGGAACGAUACGGUGAAGACAAGCCCGAGAUCUCCGAAAUCACAGUCAGCAAAGUGCAGACCUACGACCUGAUGAACGCGUACCUCAGCAAACUAAAAAACACGCCCAUCAAGACCCUCGAAGACGUCGUCCGGUUCAAUGACGAAAACCGCGGCAGCGAGGGCGGCCAGGCCGGCGACCUCCCCAUGUUUCCUGACGGGCAACGGCUCUUCCGCAAAUGCAUCGACACCAAAGGCAUCAAAGACGAGACCUACUACGCCGCGUUGAAGCAUAUUCAAUUCCAGUGCCGGGAGAACGGCAUCGACGCGGCGUUGAAGGGAUACCGAGAGGAAAGUACAAAACCCUUUGUCGGGUUCAACCAAGCCAUGAGCUACGUGAUCAAGGUGAAGACUCGCUUCGCUACGCAGCCCGAAAUCUACAAACAAUUCCUAGACCUCGUGCAAACCUACCAGCGGGAAUCAAGACCGCGAAGCGAGGUUCAACAUGAGAUUGCGCGACUAUUCACGUCGGCGUCGGACUUGGUGGCCGAGUUUGCAGAAUUCCUCCCGGAGCCACCAUGUCAUGUGGAUAUAGCUGGAGAGAAAAGCAAACCGAUCGACGCGCUCCUCUUCUGCGACGUCAAAGCCGGCGGCAUCCAAAUCGCCGCUCAGGCCGGGUAUCCCGUGAUGAGCAUUCCUAUCGGGUUGGAUCCAGACGGCAUGCCUGUUCCGCUGACGCUCCAGCACACGGCAUGGCAAGAAGACAAGCUCAUCAGGUGGGCGAGCGCGAUUGAAGAUCUGCUAGCCGAUUAUAACGAGGGGCAUGGCAUCCCGGCGACCGAGCGGUGGAAACGACUGGGCCGGGUCCCGCCGACGUACAUGAAUCAUCUGAGGAAGAACAUCCCGACGGAUAUGGAUUACCGGUGGCCUGGACGGCAUCGUGACCAUGCUGGUGUGCCAAGCUGGGUGGGAGAGUAG